UGUCUGGGAAUAUCUUAAACCUCACACUGGAGAUCAUCUAUCUGCUGACCGGAGAGGUGAGAAGUAAUAUGGGGAUUGUUUCUGUAUGAUGUUAAUUGUAUCUUACUGUGUAGAAUUAUGGACCCAUGAAGAGGUCCAAUAAAUCCCCACCUCCCUCCUUGCCACCCGAGGGAAACAUUGACAAGAAGAUCCUAGAAGUCACCAAGAAGAUCAUUGAGCUGUUGACGGGGAGAGGUUCCUAUAAGGUGUCAGGAUGUCACUGUCUAUUUCUCCAUGGAGGAGUGGGAGUAUCUAGGACACAAGGACCUCUACAAGGACAUCAUGGUGGAGAGCCA